CAGUAAUACCUUCUAUGACUGUCAAUAAUUAAAUUAUCUUUGGUUUAUUUAUUCGACAAAUUCGACGUCAACGUUUGUCAGCUUAAGCUUUCUUGGGUCUUUAUAGAAAUAUUUAAAAUGGAUGAUUUCGGUGAUGCUUUUGUACAACCCGAAGUUGAUCCUGCGGCAGAAUUCUUAGCCCGGGAACAAAAUCAAUUGGCUGGCCUUGAAGAUGAAUUGGAAACAAGUGCUCCGCCCCCUGUUACUGUAUCAUCAGCAUCAAAUGGAUUUGAUGACUUCGUUGAGGUCCCUAGUGCAGCUGCAUUUGAAGCAAAUGGGCUGCUUGAUGAUGAUCUUAAUUCCUCAUCAGUACCUGUGUCUAAUCCAGCACCAGCAGUUACACCUGUCUUCAGGCAAGAGCGGGAGGAGCCUGAGAAGAUAAAGCUAUGGAGAGAAGAACAGAAGAAGAGAUUGGAAGAGAAAGAUGCAGAAGAAGAGACUAAGAAACAGGAAAUGUUGAAAGUAGCAAAGAAAGAAUUGGAAGACUGGUACAAGACCCAUGAAGAGCAAAUAGCCAAAACUAAGGCGGCCAAUAGGGAAUCUGCUAAAAAUGCUGAACGAGCUCUAGCAAAGGGUUCUGAAAGUGGCCCAGAAGAUGGUAACGAAUGGGCACGCGUUUCUGAGCUAUGCGACUUCGGGCCGCGCCGAGGACGUGAUGUGGCGCGCUUGCGCUCCAUAGUUCUGCAACUCAAGCAAUCAGGCGUGCGUCCUAAGUACCCACCCCGUACUACUAAAGUUGCUUGAAUAUAUAAAAACAAGAUUAGCUAAGAAAAUAAUUGUUGUUAUUAGCCAGAAUAUAUUCGUAAAUGUCAGUCUCAGUGUUAUUGAAUCACAUUUUAUUGUAAAUUGAUAUUUAUAUACAUGUUUAAUAUUAAUUCACAGAGCAUGUUGUGAUAGCAGUGUUCUAGUUUAUGUAUAAAGGAUUAAAAAGCCCUCUGCAAAUGUUAUUUA